CCCGCCCCGCCCGGCUGUUUGAUUGGCCCGCGCCCUGUUCGUACGUCAUUCAGCCGCGCCACCCGGAAGCCAUGGUUCCUACCAACCUUUCUUAUGGCCGGCGGCUCUAAGGAGCCCAUCAUGGCGACGCCCCCCAAGCGGCGGGCCCUGGAAGACACGGGGGAGAAAGUGCUGCGCUACGAAGCCUUCGUCUCGGACGUGCUGCAGCGGGACCUGCGAAAGGUACUGGACCAUCGUGACAAGGUAUAUGAGCAGCUGUCCAAAUACCUUCAACUGAGAAAUGUGAUUGAGCGUCUCCAGGAGGCCACACACUCGGAGUUAUGCAUGCAGGUGGAUUUGGGCUGUAAUUUCUUCGUUGACACAGUUGUCUCAGACACCUCCCGGAUCUACGUGGCCCUGGGAUAUGGCUUUUUCCUGGAGUUGACACUGGCAGAAGCUCUCAAGUUUAUUGACCGUAAGAGCAACCUCCUCACCGAGGCCUCAGAGAACUGCAAGGCCUGCAGGACAUCCCUGAGGAGCCUCACCAUUGACUGCCUCCCCCCUCUCCCGACAUUAAAGAGUCUAAAUGCCUUUUUUGAGUCACAUGGCCCUUCAUUUCCCCCCUACCCCCCACUGUUUGCUAAGGUGCCCUGUGUCUGAAGCACAAAGUGACUAGAGCGCGGAGAUCCGGUCUGUGAGGACUCUUUGAAGCACCCCUGAAGUCCUGCCUCCAGCCUGAUACCUGGCAGCAUUUGCUACUAGACUUACUGCUCUGCCCUCUCUGCCGUUGUCUUGGCAACCUGGCCCUCCACCUGACCAUUUUUUUUUUUUUUUAAUCUUGGGCACUACUCUUUUAAUUACGAUAGCGAAUGGGCCAAUUCAGGGCGGAGGUUUGUUCCCAGGGCAAUCGGCCUUUCACUCGUGGCCCCGAGGUUUUUACCCCUCUCCCACAUCCUGAUCAUUCCUCAGGAACCUUAAAUUACAACCAUGCCUGGCUCGCCCUAAAUUGGCCUCACGGCUGCUUCUAAAUAGUUCAGUUUCCACCAGUGGGCAUGGAGCCAGAUCCCGCCCUCCGUGGUCCCGCCCUUCGUCUAGGUUCUGUCCAGCUUCCAAUAAAUACAGAGCCAAGUUCAACCCCUUUAUAACU